AUGCAUAUUCAGUCAAUUCCCAUGUGGGAGGGAAGCUCCAACAACUACGCUUACCUGGUAGUUGACGAUAAGUCCAAGGAUGCCGUCAUCGUUGAUCCCGCAAACCCUCCCGAGUACAUACCAUUGUUAACACCCAUCAGAGGCAACAAGAAGCUGCUUGCUGAGCUGGGCAAUCCCAAGCUAGACAUUAUCGGUGGCAAAGACUGCGAGGGUGUUACAAAGACACCUGGUCACGGUGAGACCUUCAAGCUAGGCGACAUCACCUUCAAGGGUGUGCAUACACCUUGCCACACUCAAGACAGCAUCUGCUUCUUUGUGGAAGACGGAAAGGACAAAGCUGUUUUCACGGGUGAUACCCUUUUCAUUGGCGGAUGUGGAAGAUUCUUCGAGGGCAAUGCGGAGGAGAUGCACGAGGCUCUGAACAAGCGGCUCGCGGCGUUGCCUGAUGACACCGUAGUUUAUCCGGGACAUGAGUAUACCAAGGCCAAUGUCAAGUUUGCCGCAUCUGUUUCUCAGCGUGAUGCUGUACAGAAGCUGCAUUCCUUCGCCGAGAACAACAAGGUCACCACCGGCAAGUUUACCAUCGGAGACGAAAAGGAACACAACGUCUUUAUGAGGGUUGAGGAUCCCGAGAUUCAGAAGCAGACAGGUGAGACUGAGCCUGUGGCAGUCAUGGCCAAGUUACGCGAAAUGAAGAACAACUUCAAGUGA